AUGGCCCUUGCGUUUCUGGGGUUGUUCCACGAUCGGCGAGUGACAUGUGUUGAUGGAAUGCUACUGAUCGAGGUGAAGGAGAAAUGCCUCGACGCUAAGUACCGUACUGUACCGUAUUCGGAUCGACCAAAUGCAAAUGAUUUGGAUUUGGAAUGGCGAGCGGGUAUCAAUGGUCGCAUAGUGUUGCAGGAUAUCGAUGCGACAUCACGCGUGGAACCAAAUGGUUGGAAGCGAUUGAAUACCUUGGCACAUUACAAUGUACCGAACAAUGCCGUACUAAUGCUGAUGGCACGGCAGAAUUCGUUGUAUAAUCUUGUAAGUUCGAUUAGUACUAUACUGUUUUUUCAGUUUUUUCAUUGGUUUUCGUUUUUGACGAGUUUCCUGCAAUAUAUUUAA